AUGGCCGACGAGAUCGUUAUCCGCACGUCUGACUCGCCUGCCAAGGAGCUCCGUGCCUCGCGGGCCGUUCUCGCCGCCCACUCGACCGUCUUCAAGGACCUUUUCUCGAUGCCGAACACAGCUCGGGACGCCUUCGUCGAGGUCGCUGAGACUGUGGAGGAACUCGCACCCUUCUUGUCGAUCUUGACAGGUACAUACGACGAGCCGCUCGAGCUAUCGGUCGACGGAUGGGUCCACCUUGCGAGGCUGGCAGACAAGUACGACGCCAAGAUCGCGAGAAGCAUCGUCGAGGGCCAGGUGUCGCGACUGCUGAAAGACAACGAGGACGAGGCUCUGACGCUCAUUCUCGCUUCCUACAUACGCGACGCUGAUCUCGCCAAGGAUGCUGCCUUUGCAUUCAUGUUCGCAAACGAUGCGGACUGCGCGGUUAUUGACGGGUUCGAGAUCUCGGCGGACCUUCGAAGGCGCCUCGCAAGGUGGUGUACCCUGGUUUCUGAACAUGCGCAGCGAUUCGCCUACAAUGUCCCCGAGUAUUUCCCGACUUGCGGCAAAAACACCGGCUGCUCCGACGCCGCCGCCAAAGCCGCCUGUUACGAAGGCAUUUUCGCUGCUAUGCGCGACACAGAGUCUAUCAACCAUUACAACCCUUACUCGUACCGCAUCGAGGCAUGCAUCAACCGGUCUCGCCUGUGCAAAGCUCAUGCCGAUCAAGUCCUCAAGAAGAUUCGAGCUUUCGAGGGUGAAUACCGCGACGAAGCUCCGCCUUUCCCUGCGUAA